AUGAGCACAUCUAGCGACCCCGAAGAGGGCUUCCAAGAGACGAAAGAUCUCGAAGCAGCCAAACCCACAACCCUAACCGACCCAUCUCUCGAUUCUGAUGCCAACAAAGACCCGGAUCUCAUCACAUGGAGCGGACCAGAUGACCCAGAAAACCCCAAGAACUGGCCCAAGGGCUUGAAAUGGAAGAACACCUGUGUGAUCUCCCUUUUCGUCUUCAUCUCGCCAGUCUCAUCAUCCAUGAUUGCCCCCGCCAUGCAAGAUCUCGGCAAGGCCCUUGGAAUGCACUCCGAUCUUGAGAUAUACCUAUCUAUGGCCAUCUUCAUCCUCGCCUACUCCAUUGGCCCCAUCUUCUUCGGUCCAGCCUCAGAGCUCUACGGCCGUGUACGUCUGCUUCAGGCUAGCAACGCGUGGUACCUAGCCUGGAAUCUGGGCUGCGGUUUCGCCCAGACAAAGUCCCAACUCUUUGCUUUCCGCUUUCUUGCAGGAAUUGGCGGCAGCGCACCGCUGGCAAUUGGAGGAGGUGCGAUUAGCGACAUGUGGAGCGCCGAAGAACGCGGAAAGGCCAUGGGCGUAUAUACUCUCGGACCGCUUCUCGGGCCUGUCGUUGGACCCAUUGCGGGUGGCUUUAUUGCCCAGUACUCGACAUGGCGCUGGGUUUUCUGGGCGACCUCGGCCACCGCUGCUGCGGUCCAAGUCGCAGGCUUUAUCUGGCUGCAGGAGUGUCACCCGGCUACACUACUACGCAAACGACGCGACGUUCUUGUCCAGGAGACGGGAAACAACAAUCUACAUACCGAUGAGAAGGUAGAGACACUUGUCUACAGGCUUCUGCAUGCCUUUGAGCGACCGGUUCUUCUGUUCACAACACAGCCUAUCGUCUUCUGCAUGGCAAUCUACAUGGCCUACCUCUUUGGCAUAACAUAUCUCAUGCUUGCAACGUUCCCCGACAUCUGGACCGAGAUCUACCACGAGAGUUCCAGCAUCGGCGGACUCAACUAUAUUUCUAUUGCGAUUGGAUCAUUUGCCGGCCUCUUCUUUAACCUCAAGCUAGUCGACCGAAUCUACAAAACCCUCAAGGCACGAAACAACGGUGUCGGUAAGCCAGAGUACCGAAUGCCGUCGUUAGCAGUGGGCUCUUUCAUUAGCACAAUCGGUCUCUUCUGGUACGGUUGGAGUAUCGGAAAUACGCACUGGAUCAUGCCCAACAUCGGGGCUCUGAUCUUUACUGCAGGCACGAUCUCCUGUUUGCAGGGUAUGCAGACGUAUAUCGUCGAUAGCUACGAAACCUAUGCAGCGAGUGCUAUGGCGGCUUGCGCUAUUCUGCGCAGUUUGUGUGGCUUUGCGUUCCCGCUCUUCGCUCCUUAUAUGUAUUCAGCUCUCGGGUAUGGAUGGGGCACGAGUGUGCUGGCCUUCAUUACCAUGGCUAUUGGCUGGUCGGCACCUUUUGUGUUUUAUUUCUUUGGACCUAAGCUCCGUGCCAUUUCCAGGUACGCUGCUGGUUAA